GAGCUGUAAGCACAACAGAUCCUCAACAAUCAAAAACUCAAUCAAUAUGUUCAAAUUCGCAGCUGUUAUUUUUGCCAUCAUCGCCUGUGUUGCUGCCAAGCCUGGAGUCCUUCUUGGCCAACCAUUGGCAUAUUCCGCUCCAGUUGUGGCUGCUCCAGCUGCAGUUGUGGCUGCUCCUGCUCCAUAUGUGACUGCGACGAGUAGCCAAGUGAUUGCCCGCAACUACAAUGGCAUUGCCACUGCUCCUGUGAUCGCUCCAGUUGCUGCUCCCGUGAUCGCCAAGUAUGCUGCUGCUCCAUUGGCCGCUCCUCUGGCUUACAGCUCACCUCUGGCUUACAGUGCUCCACUGACUUAUGCGGCGCCAGCACCACUUUUGUUCUAAUUUAAUAAACUGUGAUUGAUAAUAAAACUGAUGAGCUGGGUA